AUGGCAUGUUUCUGGUUUAAUCAAAAUGACACCCGAAUUGAAAUUCCGAGUGCAGAGGAAGUUAACAAUGUUACCUAUUAUAAAAUUAUCGUCACUGUGGGAGAGAUUAAGUGGCAUGUCCUGCAUCGUUACAGCGAAUUUUUUGACCUGCACAAUCAACUAGUUACCGAUCAUGGAGUGUCAAAAGAUAUUUUACCCUCAAAGAAAGUUAUCAGAAACAAAUGCCCUAUUUUUAUUGAGAGUCGACGUAAAGGUCUCGAGGAGUAUUGUCAAAAAAUUUUGAAUUAUUUAAAAAGGACCAUGCCUAGAAUAUUUAUUGAAUUUUUUCAUUUUCACAUUUAUGAUAUAUUUUUUCUUUUACAAAAUUUAGCAUUGAGAUUCUUUCUAGAAGCGGAUCUUUUGCUAUCAUCAAGUAAGAGUUACGCUUUGACCCCGUUGGAAUUACAUGCAGCAAGUGAGUGUUUAAAAAAGCCAUUUCCUGCUGUUGAAAAUACGGAUAGUAGAUAUGAUUUCACCCAUGUGUUGGAUUUGUACUCCCAGUUGAAGAUUUUAACGAUAAACGGAAGCGGCAGCCCAUAUCGGAAUAGUAGCGUUAUUCCAAAUCAGUUACCAUUUGAUUUAGCGUCAUUUAAGGAAUUGACUUCUCUGGUAUUAAUCAAAGUCUCCCUGGACAAGAUUUUGUCUCUAGGGAAUUUAAGGACCACAUUACAAAAACUCUAUGUACAUAACACAAACAUGAGUAGUAUUAGCCAAAUUUUGCAAUGUGAUGUCUUACACAAAUGCAGUAUAGAUUCUAGUCAAGUAAUUUGGACCAAUGUUACUGUAGUCAAUUUCACCAACAAUAAUUUAAUUGAAAUCGACAAAACAAUAAGUCUGGUGCCUAACUUGAAAACUUUAAUACUUGACUCUAACAAAAUUUCGUGUAUAUCAGGUCUAGCGGAAUUAUCAAAUCUAUCACACUUGAGUCUAUCUAAUAACUUAAUAUCAAUGUGUAACCAAUUGCACACGAAAAUUGGUAACAUUCUAACCUUGAACUUGUCACAAAACAGUAUUUCUUCUCUUAAAGGUUUUAGAAAAUUGUAUUCCUUAGUUAAUUUAGAUUUAAGUUGUAACAAAAUUGAUGAAAUUGAAGAAAUCACACACCUGGGAGAUCUACCUUGUUUAGAAAAUUUGGUCCUGACUGGUAACUGCUUGGCAACGACCGUUGACUACAGAAUUAAGGUCCUUGAACAUUUUAAAGAUAGAGCUAAAGAUAUAUGUCUUGACAAUGAAAAACCCACUCAAAACGAGAUCGAUAAAGUUUCCGUUUUGAGAGCUUUGAGAAUUGUUAAAGAAGGCAAAGCUCCAGAUCUGACAAACAACGCAUAUACCUGAGAUAAGAUAUAGGUGUUUCUGUGUAUUUAUCGUUCCAUUAUUUUGAUUGUAUUAUUGAUUAAUGAUGUGAUUAAUAGAGAUUAUAUAUUACUCA